GUGAAGAUAUCCAUAUAGCUGGACUAAAACAACUGACACCAAAAGACAUGUGGAAAGUUUUCCUGUGGACUGUUGUAUUACUCCAAACAGGCGCUGUUUGUCAGGAACUCAUCAAUGGAUGUGCUUUGGAGCCAUGCCAGAAUGGAGGCUUGUGUGAGACUGGGGAAGGAAUCUACACCUGCCACUGUUCUCAGGAGAGCCUGAAUGGGCAGCUCUAUGGGGGGGUGAACUGCACAGUGCCUCUCGUAGGAUGCCGAGGUCACCGGUGUCAGAACGGAGGCUCAUGUUCUCCUUACCUCAGUAACGGGCGCCACAGGUACACGUGUGCCUGUCCCAAGGGAUUCACCGGUCCCAAAUGCCGAACUCCCACCACCUUCUCUUUUGAGAAUGACGGAUACCUCCACAUCCAGCCGUCUUUCACCAGCGCUGACGGCUCUCUGAACAUCACCCUGAGUUUCCGCACUGACCAGACGGCCGGCACGCUCCUCCAGCGCAAAGUAGAGGACCUGCUGCUCACCGUGGAGCUGGUGGACGGUCAGGUGCGCCACACCAUGCGCCAGGCCCAGGGGCCGGCUGAGGUGCUGCAGGAGGUGCUGGUGGAGGGCAUGGUGGCCGACGGCAGGUGGCACCAACUGGAGGCCUCGCUCCGGGGCGGGACGCUGGGGCUCACGCUCCAGUGUGCGGACGAUGACUGCCCCGGCACCGAGAGCUCAGGCCAAAGCCCGGCGGGGUCCCCCCCGUCUUCCGAGCUGGGGUCUGGUUACCCCGAGCCCGGCGCAGUCCCUCAAAGUCUCUUUGUCGGAGGCGUGCGGGGGGACGGAGCCCCACACUUCAUCGGCUGCAUUCAGGACUUCCACGUGGAGUCCAGGCUGGUGGUGCCGGGGGUUGGGCUCGCAGCGAAAGCCGAGCAGGUGAAUGUCACGGCCGGCUGCAGUGAGCGGGACAGGUGUGAGGAUGGCCCCUGUCAGAACAGAGGCAGGUGUAUCAGCCAGGGCUGGAUGAGGUACUCAUGCGAAUGCCACCGGCCUUAUGAGGGAGACCACUGCCAAGAGGAGUACGUCACAGCCCGGUUUGGGAAUGAAGACGCUGAGAGCUACGCUUCCUUCCUCGUGGAGGAUGAGCCCAGUGAGACGGUGGCCCUGUCACUGUUUAUUCGCACCAGGAGGCCCCAAGGUCUGCUCCUGGUCUUGGCCAACAGCACCAGUCAGUACCUCCGCGUCUGGUUGGACGAGGGACGGGUCAAAGUUCAAAUCAACAACUUUGAGACCCUGGCGAGUCACGGCAUGGUCAAUGAUGGCCAGUUCCACCUGGUGAGCGUGAAAAUCGAGCAGGCGAGAGUGGCCCUCUUCCUGUCGGCGAGGAGCCAGGGCAACAUCCCCAUCCGGAACAUUCUACUUCAGACGGGAGACAGGUUGUACGUUGGUGGGCUUCCGGACCGGCGUGCUUCGCUGGCCUUCGGGGGAUACUUCAAAGGUUGCGUCCAGGACUUGCGCAUGUCAUCAAAGCACCUGCAGUUUUACCCCAUUGGCACCGCGGUCAGCUCGUAUGUCCAGGAAAGUCUGGUCAAAGUCACACGUGGCUGUGCCAGUGACAACUCCUGCAGUGCUAACCCGUGUUUGAAUGGAGGAGUGUGCUACUCCAUCUGGGACGACUUUGCGUGCAACUGCCCUCCCAACACGGCAGGCCAGCGGUGUGAGAAGGUGAAGUGGUGUGAACUCUCCCCUUGCCCUUCCUCGGCUACCUGUCUGCCAGAUGCGGAUGGCUUCCAGUGUGUUUCAAAUGUGACUUUCCGGGAGAACAGCACCAUACUGACGUACAGGGGCAAUGGGAAAAUCCAGCGACCCCUGGCGAGUGUCUCUCUGCAGUUUCGGACCAGGGCCAGUGAGGGCAUCCUGCUGCACGCCGAGAGGGGCAACGAGUUCAUCUCCGUCUCCAUCCAGAGCUCCCACCUGCUCCUGGAGCUUCAGGGGGACCAGGGGGCCUCAAGACUGAGCAUCGAAAGUGAGAGGCCAGUCAGUGAUGGGGAGUGGCACAUGGCAGAGCUGGUGAUGCAAGAGCCUAUGAGCCUGACGUCCAAGUGGGCCUUGGUGCUGGACGGGGACAUGGAGGAAGCGGCAGUCUCCAAGGACGCCUGUGGGAAUCUGGACUUCCUGAAGGACGGGGUGGAUAUCCUGGUCGGGGGCCUGGGCGCUGGAGCAGGGGGGAACCUGGUGGGCUGCCUCGGCCCCCUGGAGAUUGGUGGCCUGCUGCUGCCAGUCUACACCGACUCCGAGGCCAACCUGCCCCGGCCGCAGGAGGAGCAGUUCUUGCGCACCUCCAGCUCGCCCUGGCUCGGCUGCUGGGGCGCCGACGUCUGCGGGCCCGAUCCCUGCCACAACGGGGGCGUCUGCACAGACCUCUUCAACAAGUUCCGCUGCGAGUGCCCACUGGGCUUAGGGGGGCCACACUGCGACGAGACAGUGGACGCAUGCGACUCGAAGCCCUGCGUCCACGGCAACUGCACCUCCAAGCCAAUGGGCUUUGAGUGCAAGUGCGAGUCCGGCUUUGAGGGAAGGCUCUGUGAGGCCCAUGUGGACGCGUGUGCCAGUAACGAGUGUGGGCAGGGCGCCACCUGUCUCAGAGGCAUCAUGCGGUAUGCCUGUCUCUGCCCGCGGAAUGCCACUGGUGCCCUCUGCAGAGACAAGAUUCCAGAGACCCCAUGGUACAUUGAAAGGGUCCCAUAUCCUAAACUGCCUGUGUCAAUUUGUGGAAAUGAGAACCUAAAUUUCAGCUGUUUCAAUGGUGGAAAUUGCUCAACAAUAGCAGACACUUGCGAUUGUAUGCCUGGGUUCACAGGACAAUGGUGUGAGCAAGAUGUGGAUGAGUGUGCAUCUGACCCCUGUCUGAACGGAGGAUACUGUCGCAAUCUCAUCAACCGCUUCCAAUGCGUGUGUGAAAUGAGCUACUCUGGCGAACAUUGCCAAAUUGACGUCAGUGAUUUCUACGCUUACGUGUUCCUGCUCCUGUGGCAGAACAUCUUUCAGCUUCUCUCAUACCUCAUCAUUCGCUUGGAUGAUGACGACCCUGAGAUUGAUUGGGGUGGCAAUGACUGGUGAUGGAAUGAAGGUGGAGUUCAGAAAGACUGUUUCAAAACAAAAGGAAAUGGUGCAAUACCAUACACAGCAGGUAAAUAUUCAGCUGUAUGCAGCAAUCACUAUCUGAUCAUAUUAAACUCAGCAUGCAUGGAUUUGGUGCAUGUUUUUGUAUCAGAAAAUUGCCCUAUAAAGUGAUGUGAUAAGAAAAACAAACAUUCUGUAUACAGUGCUCUGGUUCAAUGCAGGAUCAAAACAAAAAAGUAUUUUGACUGUAUUCACACUCUGUAUUCCAUAACAGGUAAAUAUAUAGAUGUAAAUAGUCUACACAUCAUGAAUAUAUCCAACCAUAUAAAUGAUACAUUAAACUAAUAACUUAGUGCCUUAAUAUCAGAAAAUAUUUUAUAAUGAUGUUUUUUAUCCUUCUGUCUGAUGAACUGUGUAUAUCCUGUAGAAUAAGAGUGCAUGUGAAUAUGCAAAUGUCAUGUAUCAAUACCUGUACCUAACACAUUUUGCACAAAAUGUGUAAGUGUACGUUUUGUAGUAUCCACAUAACCUACAAGGUAACCUGGGUGUUGAUAUAUAAACUGUAUAUGUUAAGCAGUCAUCAAAAGCAUAUGAAAUGCAUGUUAGAACUUGUCUGUCUUCCUAGUUUUAUGUGUUGGGCAUCACUGACUACCUCAGGUACAUGUGGCUGACAGGAGGUUGUAUGUUAGAUGUUGUCUGUUCAUUUUCUUCCAGUGUAAAAGCAAUGACAAUGAUGAAGUCAUUUUGAAGGGGCGUUUGUUUUGAAAUUUGAAAUAAAUGAUUGCUUUGUUCU